CGGGGCGCGCGGCCGGGCGGGCGGCGGCGGCGCAGAGCCCGCGGAGCCCGGGCGGGGGCGGCCGGCGCGGCUCGCGGGCCGGACACCUGAACUUGGGACAAGUUGCCGGAGUGGCGGGGCGCGGGCGGCGGACGGCCUGACCUUCAGCGCGAGGGAGCCGGCGCCCGCCGCCACCAUGGCCUCGCGCAUCGGGCUGCGCAUGCAGCUGAUGCGGGAGCAGACGCAGCAGGAGGAGCGGCGGGAGCGCAUGCAGCAGCGCGCGGCCAUGCACUACAUGCCGCCGCCGCCGCUGCCGCCCACGCCGGCCAUCAGCACGCCCGUCCACUUCCAGUCGCCGCCGCCCGUGCCCGGGGAGGUGCUGAAGGUGCAGUCCUACCUGGAGAACCCCACCUCCUACCACCUGCAGCAGUCCCGGGACCAGAAGGUGCGCGAGUACCUGUCCGAGACCUACGGGAACAAGUUCGCGGCGCACAUCAGCCCCGCGCAGGGCUCCCCGAAGCCGCUGCCCGCCGCGUCCCCGGGCGUGCGCGCCGGGCACGUGCUGUCCUCCUCGGCCAGCAACAGCGCCCCCAACAGCCCCAUGGCCAUGCUGCACAUCGGCUCCAACCCCGAGCGGGAGUUUGACGUCAUCGACAACAUCAUGUGUCUGGACAAUGUCCUGGGCUUCAUCAAUCCCGAGGCCCAGAUGCCCAACACGCUGCCCAUGUCCAGCAGCCACCUGAAUGUGUACAGCAGUGACCCCCAGGUCACAGCCUCCUUGGUGAGCGCCACCAGCAGCUCCUGCCCGGCAGACCUGACCCAGAAGCACGAGCUCACAGAUGCAGAGAGCCGGGCACUGGCCAAGGAAAGGCAGAAGAAAGACAACCACAACCUGAUCGAGAGAAGACGGAGAUUCAACAUCAACGACCGCAUCAAGGAGCUGGGAAUGCUGAUCCCCAAGGCCAACGACCUGGACGUGCGCUGGAACAAGGGCACGAUCCUCAAGGCGUCCGUGGACUACAUCCGCAGGAUGCAGAAGGACCUGCAGAAGUCGCGGGAGCUGGAGAACCACUCCCGGCGCCUGGAGGUGACCAACAAGCAGCUCUGGCUGCGCAUCCAGGAGCUGGAGAUGCAGGCGCGCGUGCAUGGCCUCCCCACCACCUCCCCGUCGGGCGUGAACAUGGCCGAGCUGGCCCAGCAGGUGGUGAAACAGGAGCUGCCCAGCGAGGAGGACACGGCCGAGGGCCUGCUGCUGGGGGCCGAGGUCCCUGACGCCGAGCCCCUGCCGGCCCUGCCCCCCCAGGUCCCGCUGCCCCCGCCUGCCCAGCCCCCCCAGCCGCCGUCCCCCUUCCACCACCUGGACUUCAGCCAGAGCCUGAGCUUCGGGGGCGACGAGGGGCCGCCCGGCUACCCCGAGGCCCUGGGGCCGGAGCACAGCUCCCUGUUCCCCACCCUGUCCAAGAAGGACCUGGACCUGAUGCUCCUGGACGACUCCCUGCUCCCGCUCGCCUCCGACCCCCUCUUCUCCACCAUGUCCCCCGAGGCCUCCAAGGCCAGCAGCCGCCGGAGCAGCUUCAGCAUGGAGGAGGGGGACGUGCUGUGACCCGGCCGCCCCCCCCCCGCCCCCCGUCCCUGCGGCCGCACCGCGAGUAGAGCGGCCGCCGCCCGCCCCUGCGGACCUAGAGCAGGAGCCCCCAGCCCUCAGCCCCGCCCCCGAGGGCGGCCCCCUGGACGGGAGGCGGAACCGCGAGGGGGAGGGCGGGAGCCGGGCCCCCACACGCGGACACGUGGGCUCGGGGAGUGCGGGAACCUCCUCGGGGGCAGACACUGGCGUGGGGGCGGGGGUCUCGGAGCCUGGGCCCACCCUCCAGCCUGCCCCUCGCCCACUCACGGGCCGGCCCCCCCAUCCCCUUCGGUGCUAGCAGCUCUCCACGCGGUGGCGUGAGGGCAGGGCUGUCCAGAGGAGGGUGUGGGUUCAGGUUGGAGCGCGGGGUCCUUCCUGGACGCGCGGACCCCCGCCAGGCCCCCCCAUUUGUGCCUUUAGUAAACACUGUGCUUUGUA